CGUACCAUAAUAUAUGUCAAAUAUCUUCGUAAAUAUUUAUAGUUCUUAACAAAUAAUAAAAUUUUGAUAAAUUUACUUAAAGUCCUCCAAAAUCUCAAAAUUCAAAGUGUUUUCAAAAGUAUUUAAAUAUUUUUUGUUGUCAGUGCGGCAACUAUCAAUCAGUAUCAAGACUAUGGCACCUUCAAUACCAGAUAGAUGGCUCAACUAUACUCCUAUGGGUCAACGGGUCGAAGGAACACGAUUUAUUGCAUUUAAAGUGCCGCUUCGGGAGGUUGUCAAUGAAAAUGUGGACGAGCAGGACCGACUUGAUGCCUCGAUUUUACUGAAAUCAAUACCGAACUUGGGUAUGAUUAUCGAUCUGACGAACACCUCUCGCUAUUAUACGCCAGAUUGCUUUGUAAAGAAGGGUUUAGAGUAUAAUAAAUUAAUGAUUCCUGGCCAUCAUACACCACCGCCACAUUUGGUUGAUCAAUUCAAAAAACUGGUGUUUAAUUUUUUAAAUAAAAACGCGGGUAACGACAAACUGAUUGGUGUACACUGUACACAUGGCGUCAAUCGUACUGGCUACCUAAUAUGCAAUUACAUGAUAUCCGAGUUAGAUGUGAAACCCGAAGAGGCAAUAGACAAAUUCAAUCUAUCACGUGGUCACAAGAUCGAACGGAGAAACUAUAUAGACUCGCUUUAUAGUUUAACGAAAGCUGCCAAAGAUGCCAACAGCCUCGAAAGUAAGCACAACGCCAACAACCUGGAUUGCAAACCCUCGAUUGAGACGUCCAGCAAGGAACCGAUCUCAUGGCGCGCAACGCAGGCACCCAAACUACCGCCGUCACCGAAGGAGUUCGACAGGCGCGAUCGUUUCGAACGUAUACGACAGGAAGCAAAUUUGCAGCGUCAACCUGUCACCAGCGCCGCGAACGCUGCAGCAGCACGACCAGCGCGUCAAUUGUUGGACAACAGCUUUGCCAACUCACCACGAAACGAACGCAACUAUAGCAGUCGUUAUGUUAAUACUAGCAGACACUUGUCUCAAGGUGGCGCCAGCUACCCCUACCCCAGCCACCGCCACCAUGAAAAAAUACGCUCGAAUUUUAACCAAUACGUUGAUUAUGCGCAGAACAAUCACCGUUAUGAAGACAGCACAUAUCGGGGGCGUUACGAACUCGACAAUCGUGUGCCUCAAAGCAGCGGACAUCACCAUCAUCCAUAUCGGCGCAUAUAGUUUUUUGGCGGCCCUUAAUUUGCUUUGUGUUGACACGAUUUUGUAUAUAUGUAUGUACAUAAGCUUAUGUAUACGUCUCUUUUGGUCAUCCAGUGUAUUUUGAUAAGCACAACUGCGUCCUGUGCGCUAUUCUUCUAUACAACUGCUGGUGUGCAAUCAACAAGCAUUAUGUAAAUUAUGCAGUUAUUUGCAAAUAGUUUACAUGUUUCAUGUUAGGGUAUAAACUCAAAAUUUUAGUGAAACAUUUUUUAAGCGCAAUUUAAGCUUUCUUUGUGUCAAUAUGUUUUAUAUAAGCUUUGCAUUGUAACUUUGAAAGGAAACUUUUGAAAUCUGGAACAUUAAGCAGAUGUGUAAUAUAUGUAAGUUUAUAUGCAAAAAGAUUCGCUUAAUUAUGCUUUCAAUAAACACAACUAAUGUAUACCUAUAAAAAAUUAUCAGAGUAUGAAUACUUAAGGGGCGCACCUAGUGUGACAGCCUCUUACAAUUUUUGGGAAUUAAAACAAAAACAAAAAAAUGAUUAGACAUUUUUAAGUUAUAUUUAUAGAUAUGU